CAGAAAGAACAGUCAAAAUGCAGGCAGGGCACAGGACAAAGCAUAUGUAAUAAUCAUUUUAAAAUAAAAUGUCAUUUUUUAAAUUUUUCAAAUUUUCUGCCGGGUUCCGGCGCCCGUAUGUUCCGACGUCACAGGGACCGGAACACGGAAGCCGAAUGCCGGCAUAAGCUGGAGGAGAUGGCCGGGGAUGCUGCAGGGGACACAUCGCGGAAAAGUGAAGGACAAGGUAAGCGCUGCAGGGAAUCCCUGUGCAACGCUGCAUGGUAAGCCCGAGUGUAGCUUGGG